CAAAACUGCAGACGUUUGCCCCUCGAUGCUCGUUGACGUUAGCACCAGCUCGACGCUUAAGAAGAAAUAAUAACAAUAAUACGCGACAUGAAAAGUGUUUCAGGUUAGAGAACAAGUCACAACACAACCGCAGCCGUUGUGACAACUACAAGAGUUGAACAUGGAGCCUCAGGAAUUUGCAAAGAAUGAUGAGAGCGGUGGAUUCUCCAAGCGGCGCAUUUCCUCAAUUUUAAAGGCGCCACGGAAAUCCGCCAGAUUCCCCGAUCCAGAGCAACAAGAAAAUGUUAAGGUGGAAUCAUGUGUCAAACCCGUGGAAAAAAGAAAUUCCAGAAGAGUCAGCUUUGCCCCUGCCAAUGAUGUUCUUCUGUUUUCAAAAGAUGUGAAAAAUACCUCUCCUGGUCGAAGCCCUUUACAAGAAUUGAUGACAGCAACAGGCGCAACGACUCAAAAUAGGAUCCCGGCAGCUGUUGCUGAAGAUGGGAUUCAACAGCUCAAAGCAAUGGAAACCCUCUUGAACGCUCCUCUACAUGCUUGUAAGCAGGAUACGGUCAACUUUGAGACUGUGGAAGGCUUCGGGGAGAAAACAGUGGUGUUUUCCACAGAUGACGCAUUCAUGGACAUGACCCACAGUCAUUCCAUCAACUUUGCCACUUACGCAGAUAUUUCCCUCCACAACUGUGAUGCUUUACCCACUGGCAGAGAGAAAACGGUGGUGUUCGCUGCGGAUGACGCGUCCAUGGAUUUGACCCUGAAUCAUACGAUAAACACGGCGAACAAGGAUCUAAGUGUCGAGAAGAGAAACGUUUCCUCCUCAGUGCCCAGUGUGGAUCCGGGAUUUGAAAACUUCCUCGCGAGUCUCUUUAAACCCGGUGGCCCCCCCUCGUCCUCCACUGCGGAGACAAGCAGCUCCCUCGCUCACAUCAAAACGCAAAAGACCGAACGAGUGGACAAAGAGAAUUGGCUUCCGACUUCAGUUUCAGCCGCGAUGGACAAGUCAGUGGGUGAAUUCAGGAAAACCGGGCAAUCGUCUCACGGAAGUGCGCUCUGUCCAGAAGAGGAUGUUAGCAUGAACCUGACUGAAGUUCACACAGGCCGCAUUCUGGGAGUCAACGAGGAUGAGAAUCCAUUUCACUUUCUUUUCCCCACACAAGACAUGUACGCCCAAGCUGACAAGAGACUAUCACAGACAGCGGAGAUGGGGAAGAGCAAGUCUGACCACAAAGCAGCAGCAACGACUGAGAACAGGGUCCAAAAGGUGAACAUUGAAUACAGGAGUGGACCAGUAAAAGAUGCGGCAUCCUUGAAGAAUCCAUCUCAAAAUGCUUCUCAUCCAAGACGCAAGGUCAACUUUGACGCCAGAGACGAGCGCACAGAGAAAACCAUAAUGUUCUCCGCAGAUGAUGAGUUCAUGGACAUGACUCAAAGUCACACUGUCAACAUUGCCCGUGGUCCAUUAGCGCCUCAGCAAGAGUCCGCAGGCGGUUUGGACCUGGGAUUUAAGAACUUCCUGACAGGUCUCUCGAAACCUACUGGCCCCGGUGUUAAGCCUGUGAUCGAAAGAAUGUUACCCUCCGCUGCAGCAUCCUCUAAGGAAACUAUCACCACCAGCAGCUCCUCGUCUCAGCUGAAAACGUCAAAGGCCGACCCAGGCAAAGAUAAUCGGUCGCCGAAUACAAGCCAACGCUUUGGACAAUCUUCCACUGCCGGGGGAAUCUGUCCUGAGGUGGACGUGGGCAUGGACCUGACUGAAGCUCAAACCGGCCGCAUCAUAGGAAUCGCUGGUUCGGACGAUCCUUUUCAGUUUCUUUUCCACACGCAAGACCUGUAUCCACACGGUGGAGGUCUGAAUAAAACAGAGAAGACUUCAGGACAGAAGAACAGUGAAGCACUGGGAUCAUCGAACCGUACAGGAAUGGGAAGCUCAUUGAAGCCAUCUUUAAAGACGAAGUUGCAAAGUCAUCAGGAUCAUUUUGACCCUGAAGACGACCACAGAGAGAAAACUGUGAGGUUUUCUGCCGACGACGCCUGUAUGGACGUGACACGAAGUUACACGGUCAACAUUGGCAACGAUUUGAAACUGCUCUCUUGCAGAGAUAAAACCAUGAGGUUCAACGUAGACGACGCCGGUAUGGACAUGACCCAGUGCCUCACUGUAAAUAUCGCCAACAAUUUAGGGUCCGAGUCAAUUCUUCCUGUCUGGGAACAAGAAAAUGAGACACGUGGUCCAACACCUAGAGGCAGAUCUUCAUCAGCGCACGGUUUGGCUCCAGAAUUUAAAAGUAUGCCUACAAGUGGCCCUGGUGUCGAUCCUGCCAUCGCAAGAAAGACGCUGACGGCUGCACCAUCCUCUGACGUCAGAGACUCGUCUGGUGUGGGUUCAGUCUGUCCUGAAGAUGAUGUCAGCAUGGAUAUGGAGAUGACUGAGGCUCAAACGGGCCGAAUAUUAGGAAUCACGCACGCAGACGAUUCUCUUCAGUGUCUUUCCCCCACACCAGAUGUGUAUCCACACAGUGGAGGUCUGAACAAGGCAUAUACGACUUCAGGACAGAAGAACAGUGAAGCACUGGGAUCAUCGAACCGUACAGGAAUGGGAAGCUCAUUGAAGCCAUCUUUAAAGACAAAGUUGCAAAGUCACCAGGAUAAUUUUGACCCUGAAGACGACCAAAGAGAGAAAACUGUGAGGUUUUCUGCCGACGACGCCUGUAUGGACGUGACACGAAGUUACACGGUCAACAUUGGCAACGAUUUGAAACUGCUCUCUUGCAGAGAUAAAACCAUGAGGUUCAACGUAGACGACGCCGGUAUGGACAUGACCCAGUGCCUCACUGUAAAUAUCGCCAACAAUUUAGGGUCCGAGUCAAUUCUCCCUGUGUGGGAACAAGAAAGUGAGACAUGUGGUCCAACACCUAGAGGCAGAUCUUCAUCAGCGCAGGGUUUGGCUCCAGAAUUUAAAAGUAUGCCUACAAGUGGCCCUGGUGUCGAUCCUGCCAUCGCAAUAAAGAAGCCGACGGCUGUACCAUCCUCUGACGUCAGAGACUCGUCUGGUGUGGGUUCAGUCUGUCCUAAAGAUGAUGUCAGCAUGGAUAUGGAGAUGACUGAGGCUCAAACGGGCCGAAUAUUAGGAAUCACGCACGCAGACGAUUCUCUUCAGUGUCUUUUCCCCACACCAGAUGUGUAUCCACACAGUGGAGGUCUGAACAAGGCAUAUACGACUUCAGGACAGAAGAACAGUGAAGCACUGGGAUCAUCGAACCGUACAGGAAUGGGAAGCUCAUUGAAGCCAUCUUUAAAGACGAAGUUGCAAAGUCAUCAGGAUCAUUUUGACCCUGAAGACGACCACAGAGAGAAAACUGUGAGGUUUUCUGCUGACGACGCCUGUAUGGACGUGACUCGGAGUUACACGGUCAACAUUGGCAACGAUUUGAAACUGCUCUCUUGCACAGAUAAAACCAUGAGGUUCAACGUAGACGAUGCCGGUAUGGACAUGACCCAGUGCCUCACUGUAAAUAUCGCCAAUAAUUUAGGAUCCGAGUCAAUUCUUCCUGUGUGGGAACAAGAAAGUGAGACACGUGGUCCAACACCUAGAGGCAGAUCUUCAUCAGCGCAGGGUUUGGCUCCAGAAUUUAAAAGUUUGCUUACAAGCAACUCCGGCGGCCUGAGAUGUCAGGAUCCUGAGAUCGCAAGAAAGACGCUGACGGCUGCACCAUCCUCUGACGUCAGAGACUCGUCUGGUGUGGGUUCAAUCUGUCCUGAAGAUGAUGUCAGCAUGGAUAUGGAGAUGACUGAGGCUCAAACGGGCCGAAUCUUAGGAAUCACGCACGCGGAUGAUUCUCUUCAGUUUCCCACACAAGACCUGUAUCCACACAGUGGAAGUCUGAAGAGAGCAGAGAUGGCGUCACUUCUGCCGAGCAGUGAAGUGUCUGGAUUGUCUGAUUGUAAAGGUAUGGAUAAAUCAUUUCAGACUUCUUUAAAUACAGCGAUGGAGAAACAGCAGGUCAAGUUUGAUGCUGAAGUCGACUGCAGAGAGGAAACUGUCAAGUUGUCCACAGAUGAAGCAGCUACAAAUGUGACCGCCGGAUUCACUGUAAACGUUGCCAGCAAAUCUGUGUCCGCGUCAUUUCUGCCACACCAAGAGUCAAACAUUGUACCCACCCAGCGAGACGCGGGUUUCCCUUUUACUGUGAAGAAGGGAGAGAGAAGCAGAUCCUUGUCAGCACGCAGUCUGGACACAGGAUUUAAAACCUCCCUGUCGAGGAAGAGUUGUCCGUGGGCCAAUCCCAUGAUCACCAAAGCAGUCGCUGCUGCUGCUGCUGCUGCUGCACAGUGCCCUCUAGAGGGCGUCGGUGCAAAGGGCCACCGUGAGCAGCUUCGAGCGCAGAGGCCUGAUGUGGAUACUGAAGAUGCAGCUCCAGGUUUUGUUCCUACUGCCAUAGAGAAGUCACAGAACAAGACCAUGACAGAAAUCAAUAUGAGCAUGGAUAUGACUGAAGCUCAAACAGGCCACAUUUUUGGACAAACCUACACGGAUGAACUCCCUCAAUGUUUUCCUCCAACGCAUGACUCUGACCCUGAGUUUGACCUUUCGAAGCGAAUGGAGGCAACUUCCCAACGAAGCGACGAAGCACCGGGUCCGUCCAACCAAGUCGCAAACUUUCCAGGAUACGUCGACUCAGAUGAAAUCGUGACCGGGAAAGAACCCGAACCAAGAAAUGAAUCGAAGAUGGAAAGUCCUCGUAGUACUGUCGACCAAGAUCCAGAGACGUUGGGUUCGCGGAAGUUGAGACGGUUGAGUUUAGCCGAUCUCCAGUCGAAAGCGAGACGUUUGAGCCGCCUGAUAAAUACAGCUCCCGAUACUUUGGCUACGGAAAGCUGCGCCCCGCCUUUGGCCCAGUUGGAGGACGACGACGACUUGGACCAAACCUCCAAAGACAAAAACAAAUCCCCGGAACCCGAACUCGCAACGGGUUCGGAGAACACUCGAGAUGACACACAGGCUCGGUGUCUCGCCCGAGGAGGAGAAGCCUCGGCCGCCACCACUCCCUUCAAGUUGAAGACCAAGCAGCUGAUGUCCAGACUGUCCGUGGGGAGCUUCAAGCCGAAACUGCCCCAGAGAAACAAACCCAACCAGCCGAAGACGGGGAACUGCGCGGGAGAGCACACGAGGACGAUGACCGUCAACGUCACCAAUCAACUGAGUAACUUCGACGACGACGUGAGCGACAUUUACGACGAAGAGCUCGGGAGCUUGGAGGAAGAGACGGAAAUGGUGGACGCAAAGAGUCCACGGAGGGUCACGGAGAAAGUGAGUCGUGCACCCGAGGCCGACGAGCCUUUAGAGGAAGAGGAGCUGGAAGAGGAUCUCAUCGGUGCCGUCCACGGAAGAAAGAGACCUCUGCCAGAAGAUGAAAACAAUACGGAGGAUGAGAAGAGGAUGAGAGCUGAGAGGAGCACUGACGUUGCCGAAAUGUCUCAUUUCGUGGAGUGCGACAUCACGGCCGCUCCGACCGUGACCGCACACGCCUCCGACUGCUCCAGCAGCAUUCACACAGCCAGUGUCAGGUGUGAAGCCACAUUUGAGUCAACUUUCAAACAAAGUCUGUUUGAGUCUCAGCUUGAAGAUUAUGCGAGUGACGUACAAAAGAAGUUGGACGACGGCACCAUCACGGUGUUGGAGUUCUUUAAUCUCUUCAACAUAGACUUUGUCAUCCACAAUCCUCGGCAGAGCGUUCUUCCUGGCAGACGUCUGUCCGACACAGAUUGCACAACAAUGGACGUGUUGAAAGACAGACACAUCAGUCGUCCCAAACAGACGGUGUAUGAGACCGACGUCCUGAACCUCACCGAAAAGGUGGAGGGGUUGAAAGUGCGAAUGCAGGAUCUGGACAAACCUCUGAAGAUGGUGAACAAACCUCUGUGGGAAGAGAUAAGGAAUUGUUCAGAGAGAGAGCUCAAAUCUUUUGGUGCGAGUCUAAAAGAGAGAAAUAACUUCUUCAGAAAGACGAGCAAAGCCCAGUCGCACGAAAUGAAGGAGGUUCUCUACUCGAACAUUGUGCAGGCGAAUCUGGAGGAGCAACAGAAGUUGAGAGGAACGAUCGAGGAAGCAGAUGAAAUGAUAAAGAGUCUGGACGACUGUAUUUGUGAAUUGGAAGCAGAACUCGCUGCAGUUGGAGAAAAAGGCUUCCUGGACAAGCCAAGUCUGAAAUCUCGUCAGGAAGAAAUGAAGAACGUCACCGAAUCUUUGGCCGAUACCGAAAGACAAACGAUUGAAGUGGAGUUGCAGAAGAAGCACAACUCCAGUAAACUCAACCGGCUGAAAGCCGAGACGAGGAACCUCGAGAGCCACGUCACCGUGCUGCAGAUGGUAAACGAAUGGAGGUUUGGAGAGCAGAGUGACAACUGCACCGUCUACACGUUCCUCCAUGACACCCUGCAUCUGCAGUUGGUGUAUAAAAAAUCUAAAGGAACUGAUGCUGAUAAUCAGUCCGAGAGGAAAAUAUCUCACAUCAAUUUCAAACUUCAACUUGAUGAUGAGAAGUCACAGUUCCACGCUCGCCUUGUUCACCAACUGCUCUCUGGAUACAUUGAGGGUGAAACGCCCUGGGUGGAGAAAUACCCGACGAGUAGACAUGUGCCAAAGCUGCUCCACGACGUCGGCCUGGUGGUGAGUCGCUGUCGUCUGCUGGGAGAAGAGCUGCGUCUGCUGAAGCUGUGGGGAGGUCUGAGGCUCGACAUCCUGGACAUCAGCUGCGUGGACACCAGGCUGCACGUUGUCUUCAGCCGUCUCAAGACACUUUCCAAGUUUGAAGUGGUUUUCUCCGUCAGUCUGAUCGACCGCCUCUGUGUCGUCGAGGUGGAGAGCUUUCACAACGUGAUGGGAAACACAACGAUCCAACAGAUCAAAGAGAUUGUGGCGUCGUUCAGUCCAGCCAAGAACCUUGUGACGAAGAUUGUCAAAAAGAUUCAUCACGAUCUGCUCUGUUGAAACCGUUAUUUUAUAUAAAAAACAUUUUUUACAGAUCCAAAAAUAAAUAUAGUUUAAACUUUUACAUUCUGUGUGGAAACAGCAGUGUUGUAUUUUCACUGUAUUCUAUGUCGUCAUAAUGCAUCCACGUCUGUUAACGAUUCACUUUUUGCAGCAACAGUCUUAUUUUAUGAGGAAUAUACUGGUUUUAGAAAACAGUACGUUAGAAAAGAACAUUUAUAGUCAAAUUGUUAGAAUACAGCAAAUCGGAUCAGUGUCAACUACAGUUCCUGUGCAGAAGUCGCUUAUAACCACUAAUAUUUAGAUAUUAUAUUUGCUUAGUCAUCAUGAUAACCAUUUUAAAUAUUACUGUUUCAUUGGCCUGUGGUGAAGAUAGUGCAGUAUUCCGAGUCGCCUCCAGGUGGUGAACUAGCAGAGGGAUCCAUAGAAAUAUAUAUAUACGUAUAUCAACAAAAACAUUCUGCAUUCCUUUAUUUGAGACACAGAAGGUUGUAUAUCUGUCACACGUUAUUAUAACUUUGUGCAGUACUGAACAUAUGUAAAUAGUUUUUCCCUGUUUCGUUCACUGUAAAUCAGCUUCUGUCAUCUCUUUCAGUUGUUUCCAUUAAAUUGUUUUUCCUUUUUGUCAAUUCCA